AUGUUCUACGCAACUCUGCCACUCACUCCACCCCCCUCCCCGGCCAAGCAGUCUCCCUCUUCGUUCUCUCGCUCCCCACCGCAAGAACCACUGCGCCCAGACAGUCCGCCGCCCUCCCCCAUUCCUAUGAGCAGAGCUGAACGAUUUGAGCGCAUCAAAGAGUUAUUCCUCGAUCGAUCCGACAAAACGAUCAAAGAAAUCACCAAGUCAGAGCAUUAUCUCCUGCGAAGUCGCAGGAUGGAGCCAUCUGUGUCAACGUGGCGCGAUAGUGACGAUAGCGAGGAUUACGACCCCAUGAAUGAGGGAAGGUCGAAAGGCAAACGGCAAGUAGCCGUUGAUGGCGAGAAUGAACGUGCGCCGAAGCGCGCGAAGCCGGAGUGUGUGGAGGAACCUGCAUUCGACAAGCCUGAAUCGACCGAAUCGGUAUCGGAGGAAAGCUCUGUGAGCAGCACAUUCCUGGAUUCUCUUCCGGAGUUAGAAGAGGAUUUGGGUCUGGACGACGCUAUUGAGCUCGGUGCGAUGGAUGUGGACGUGCUCGAAGAACAAUCGGAGCAGGGAAAGGCGAUGGUGACGGCGAGUUCCGAAGAAAGUGGCCUCCCAGUCGCGAACAAGCUAAAGGAUUCUGAGAAUCAAACUGAUUCCAGUUCAAAGUCCGCUGAACGGCAGUCGAAAGACAAUACCACUCCUAUCCCCAUUGAUUCGGACGGUGAUGAUGAAGAAAAUCCAGAGGUCGGGCUGGAGAUUCAAGGCGAGUCCAACAACCAAAACGGGGAGAAACAAACCGUAGCCGAUAACCUCCCGAUCCCCGAUGCCUCCAGAGAAGAGAAACCGCAGUUGGGCGAAGAGGAGCUAGAAGAUGCUCCUGAGUACCCAGAUAAACCGGAGAGUAAUCUCGGCGAAAAGACUAGAGACCAUGUCCCACCAGACUCCAAUAAACCCAGAGGUCAAGACGGCGGAGAAUUGGAUGAAAAGCUGAAUAUCGGUUCCAAUUCUCAAGAUGAGCGCAACAAAGACGACGAAUGGCAGGGUAAGGAGGAUAGCCCCAGCUUCGAUUGCUCUGGGGGAAAAGAGGUUGAAAGCCAAGUGGAUGUACCUACCCUUCAAACUCCCAACGAUGUCAAUGGUGAGGCUGUGGCAAGUCAGUCGAGAACAGACAAUCCUGAACCCAUGGCGACAGGAGACGAAGAGGUGAAGGAGAAAGAGGGAAUCGAGGCUGAAACAAAGCCCGACGAGACGGCUUGGCCAUCACCUAAGGCUGAAAGCGACGCAACAAACGUGGAUAUGCAAGAGCCUCAAUCAAUUGACGGAACAAACGGCGACAACAAAAACACGGCCGCCGAAUCCCAAACCGAAACCGAAACUGACCACGGAAUUCCAAAGGGGCAAGAGCCUUCAGAUGUGGACAUGGUAGACUCUCAACCAGGCGCAAACCCCGAUGAGGAAACCUCAUCAGAGCCCCAAUGCAAAGAUGCCGAGACGACCCAGUCUGCCGAGUCCUCGGAGCCGUGUUCCUGGUGCGAUGAUUUUGCAUAUGGACUCGUCGGCUUCGAAAAGCACCGACCUGGUCCGAUGUGCGCCCGCUGCGUCCAGCAGCGUUCCUGCAUUGUCAGGUGCACUGGACAUCGCACCGAGCCGUUAGAUGAAUUCAAACCUGAGUCAUUUGACUUCAGGGCCGCAUAUGACAGUUUGAACCCAGGCACUGGAAAGCGGGUGAUGAAAAACCCAUGGUGUAGUCUUUGCCCAUCACCGGCAUUCUUCCGCUGUGCAACACGGCCAGCGACAAGCGGUCAUCUGAAAUCCACGGAACCCGAAUCGGUCAUGGGGUGCGGCCUGAUGCUGUGCGAAACGUGCAGCAUCCUGGUCCAAGCCUGCAAUGAUCUGACCUGGGUUGUAUCGUUCAAUAGAUCCGAAGAUUCAGCGGAUGGAAGUCGUGCGGACGUCGAUUAUCUUUUGCCUGGCAGUGAGUUAUGCAAAUAG